CGAAAGCAAGCUAUCGGUAUCCUUUGCGAUUGUGCAAAAGUCUACGUAAAUGAACGCAUCAAGAUGACGGAUAGCAUCAGAUUUAAUACUCUCCUUCCCAUCAUCGGAUUUUCUAUGUUCCUAUUCUUGAUUUGCAUGACAAUAUUUGGAUAUGCAGUCGAACAUGAAUUGAACAGACUUUUUGCCCCCCGCUCGUGGGCUCGGCCAAGAGAAGUGAGUUAUGUGUUGCCGUUUUUGCGCAUCGGAACAUUUGUUGAAGAAUUUCUCAGUGUCGACUCCAUCAGAGGCUUAUGCAAAUAAAUCAAACUCAUUGGAUUUGUCAUUGUCUUUAAACAGAUCAUCAAGAACCAAAUCAAAAAGCCAUACUGCUUCUCAUGGAUCUUCUGGGCACUCCGGAUAAGCUAUUCUGAAAUGCUUGAAGGGAUAGAGGGGACUGGAACGCGCAAAAAGGGUUGGUCGGGGACGAAACUUCGGUGUAAUUUGGAUGGAAUUAUUCUGAUUAAGUUCGUCAAUCUCUGCUUAAAAGUUUCUGUACUUGCCACGAUUUUGUGUGUGGGCAUUGUCUUACCUGUUAAUUUCACUGCUAAAUGCGUCGCUAGCGAGUACGGUGAGGAAGGGAAUGCGGUGUGCCAAGAUACUUCAAAUGUGACGCUGACACAAUUCGAAAUGACGACGUUUUCUCAUAUACCAUCACUUGUUCUUGAUAGCAACACAACCUGGUACAGCCCAGACUUGUUCACAAAUGCGUUCAACAAAUCAACUGCUGGUGUCACGCUCAGGAUGCUCACAACUGUGAUAGUCUGCUUUAUAAUUUACACCUACACUUGUGGUAAGUACAAGUUAAACGUUGGUUUUUGAAAAGAACUGAAACACAAUCGAAACCAUUAGUCUUCAAAAUGACAACUCAAUGUUUUUCUUUAAACAACUAUUUUUUCAGUCUUGAUUUGGGAAGAGUGGAUUCAGGUAAGAAACAAUUUUUCAUUUGUUCGAAACAAUGAGUACCAAUCUAAAAAUUAUUGAAUGCCUACUUCGUUGAUUUUUCAUUCUCGGGAAUGCUAUUGUAGAACCUAGCUCUGAGGCGUGUGUAUUAUCUCGAAUAUAAUCACUACGAACGUCGCAAGUCAGAACUCGAAUAUUUACAGAAACUUGAAGACCCGGAAGAUAUCAACACAACAGACCGACCGAUCUUUGUUGUUCACCCUGAAUUUAGAGACACUGUGCCAAACAUAGGUCUAUAUUCUGUACUAUUUCGCCUCCCUGGUGUCAAUCUAGAAGACGACGAGUCUAGAGCAAGCAACUCCGAUUCGGGGGUGAACCGUCAACUCAAAGUAGCGAUUGAGUUUUUUGACAAGAUUGUGCCAAAUCAACCUGGGUUUUCAAGUUCGAUCGCAGCACUGACAAUUCUACCCGACACAAAACGAUUGUCACAAGCAUGGAAAAAAUGGUUUGAGUGUGCAGGUAAAGUGAGACGGUUGAAAUUCAUUCGACAAAGAUUAAAGGAGUUGGAGAAUGAUAAAAAUAUCAGAAGUGUUGACGAUGCAGAUCACCAACAAAAUAUCAGUUAUACGGAAGUCUCUCCUAGUCACGGAAUUCAGAGGCUGUAUAACCUCGAUUCAGACACACACGAUGCUUUACCAGAACGUAACACCGGGCCUAGGACGAGAGUCUCGAGACGUGCAUACGUUGGAUCAGAGUUGGAAACUGCCCGUCGCACUGCCUCGAUCGAAAUCAGAGAAGAAACUAAUAUGGAAAUGUAUUUGAACGAUGAUGAGACCGAACAAAUGGCGGUCUAUUACAGAGAAUUUGCUCGAAGGUUAGUAAAGACCAUCUUUGUCUUUAUCGAAUUUUAUUUUUUCAGGAUUUCUAAUGUCCGGUUUUCAAUCUCCUUUUCAAAGUUCUGCUUCAUGUGGGCCUCGCGGUUGUGAUGAACACUCGAUAAGGCAGGCUGACUACACUACUCUCAAAGACUUCGAACAAGAAGCAGCAGAAGAAGUCCAUCUGGCGAUCCAAGAACUCCAUACGGCUCGAAAACAGAUUAAAGGAGAGGAAACAAGUUUGCCAGAAAUACCUGAAAUACACUCAACCCCAUCCGAUAAUUUGGUUAUAAAGGAUGAAGAUGAUCAUGAGCUUGAUUUUCCAGAUGAUGUCGGCGAGCUUUCAUCUCAUGCAGACGUCGAGAGAGGUGAUUUUUCUGAUACGGGAAAUAUGUUUCCCAACGUAACUCUCAGUCUAUGGGAAGAGGCAGAGAAACUUGUUGGGACGGAACAGUAUAUGGUCAAGCUAGGAAACCAGGUUUUGAAGCGUAAAUUGAAUACUGGGCGCUGGUACAAUCCGUUUGCAAAAGCGAAUGCAUCGGAAGAUUCUAGAAGCAGAAGCAGAAGAGUCAUGGAGAAGUUUAUUCCUAGUGGGGUUCUUUCCAAGAUUGCCAAGUCCGAAUCUUAUGCUGUUGUGACUUUUACAUCACGCCAGGCUGCUAUAGCUGCACGUCAAUGCCUCAGUGAUGGUUCCGGCUUGGAAGGUUGGAGAGAAGUUGAUAAGAUUCCUAUUCCACCACUAGCUGAUGCGGUGCCAUGGAAUAUUUUUGACUGUCGAGGCUGCUGUAGGCCUGUCACUGUAACAAUACCACCGCAACAACGGAGAUUCCGUUUCAAAAUGUAAGGUAAACAAAGUUGAUGAAGGACUCAUGAUUGAUUGUUGCUAACCCAUCGGAACUAGUUAUGUGAAACUUCUCCGAAACGGAAUCUAAUCAUUCCUAUUUUCCUUGUCCUUUUCUAUCAAAGAGUUGUACUUUUUCUGAUCGUUUUCUCAACGAUUUGGACGUACCCAUUUUAGUAAGUUCUUUGGGAUUAUUUUGCCAAGUAUCGACGAUUCUAUCUUGCUCAUGUUAUUUGUUAUUUUUUACCACUAUAGUCUUUUCACUUCUGCUACAACACCAGAAGCUCUGGUCAAAGCUUUUAAGGAAGUCCCUAAUAUUGAAUUUUAUGCCCAGUAUUUAUCACCGUGGCUAAAUAGUGGGAUCAUGAUCCUCUUCUUUGCCAUCCUCCCCCAAAUCUUCAAAAUGUUGGCCAACUCCGAUGGGGCAUCAACCAGUAUCCAAGAGGCCGAGCGGCAUGCGCUUGUUUACUAUUGGUGGUUUAUGCUAGUGUUCGUCUUCGCUGGAAAAUCUCUAGGAAACAUUGUUUGGUCCGCGUUUCGGAAUAAUCAAGCGAAUCUUGAAUCGGCUACGUCCAUUUUACAAGAUUUGGCGAAAAUUGUUCCAACAACUCAAUCGUUUUACUGGAUAACGUGGAUGAUUACUCAGACUGGUAUCAUUUUACCUUUCAUGUACUUCUUGCAAUUCAACAACUUUAUGUUCACAGCUUUACGGUGGCACUGUUGUGCUCGUGCAACUGCUGGCGGGUAAGGCUCACUGUCUGAUUUCAAUUUUCUUCGAUCAGCAUAUCUUUUUCUAAUCACUUUGUUUCCCUCUUUCUUCAACUCGUUCAGCGGUCCUGGAGGUGUUGUACCAUACAGAGUUUACGUAAAUUCUGGUGUCAUCUUUUUAUGCGUCGUCGCGUUAGCACCUCUGUGUCCUAUGGUUGCCCCCUUUUCAACUCUCUUCUUUUUGUUCAUCACGCCGUUGCUAAAAUGGGGAUUUAUAUUCGUAUAUCGGCCGACGUUUGAUGCAGGAGGGAUGAGAUGGCCUCUUCUUCAUAGGAUUUUGAUGAUUUCAGUUAUUGUAUCCCAGGUAAGCAAAACUGAUUGUCAGGUAGACACACGUCACUGAGUCGGUUCAUUUUUAAAUUCUGAUUACUAAUUAAUUGCUUUGUCACUUCGUACGCGCUUCUUUAGAUUCUCCUUGCAUUGAGUCUUUUCCUGAAGAAAGCCUAUCUUCUCGUACUGAUUUGCGUGAUCUCUAUAAUUCCAACCUGGACUUUCAAAACAGUUUGCGAGGACACAUUUUUACAAAGUUUUGAUGAUGCAGCUUUGUUACAGACAAGUGAACUUGAUGGAUGGAAUGUCAACGAGCAGAUGUCAUUUGACGAAAGAGAACGCUACAGAAAGUGGAUUGUCGAUUGUCACAAAGCGGCGUAUGUACCAGUCUGUGUGAAUGCAGAAGACAACUAUCUGACUUCAGAACCUGCAGUUGUCGUGGACAUGGAUGGUGAAGGAAUCAGAAGUGAGGAUAACCUAUUCCAACCUGGAGAGACGCAUGACUCUCGCGAGCAGUCCAGCACCUCUUCUGUGAUGACGAAUGGGCGCCAACGGACGUCGACCAUUGAUAGCUACAAUUCGUUGCGAUCUCAGAAAAAUUAUGGUAAUCGACAACCAGGUGCAAUUUACCGUAGGAUGUCAACCAGGUUCAUUCACCUCAAUUCAACCGGAGAGAACAAUACAAUUAUUUCAGAAGAGUGCGAGUCAAAAGGGAGCCCGAACUUUUCUCCUCGUCAGUUUGAGGAGGCAGAUCUGAGCACUUUUUUGAAUGAAGACACAGACAAAUCGUUAUAGGAUUGUUAUACAAAAUUAAGAUUCGAGGGAAUUUUUAUGUAUUUAUCUCUUUCAUUGAGAAGCACAAAUUGAAACAUUCACUCAGAUAUUGUAAAAUGAGCUUCUUUCUCUUCUCGUCAACGUUUUCUCAUUCAGAACGAUUUCAUUCCAUCAUAAGUACCGGAUUUCAAAAUAUGGGCACUAUUGAAAAAGCCACCAUUAUUCACGAAACGUCCAUGGGAUUUGCCUUCAUUUAAAACAUCAAUCAUGAGACGUUCCUUGAAUGAUGCUGCUCGUCCCGCCAUGAAAAUAAUCUUGUCUCCCUUUUCCAUCAUGCCAGUUUGACUGAGGAAAUACAUAGUCUCUUCCAUCAAUUCUUCGGCCUUUUCCAACGAAUCCACAAGAAUAGAAUGCGUUCCAGAUGUCAAACCAUGUGACGUGCUGGCGACGGCUGCGUUGGGCGUCAAAACCAGCGAGCUCACAGCAGGUCGAAAUUUGCUUACGUAGCCUGCCAUUUUUCCAGUAUCACUCAAAAUAACAAUCAGUUUUGCCCCUACGUCGAGUGCAGCAGAGACGGCGCUAGAGGCAACGCUUUCCCCUUUGCUGAGUGGUCCUUUCUCGGCCACGAUGGAGUACCGCAUAUUUUGAUACAGGGCAUUGUAAUCUCGAGUUUGCUCGGCAUUUGUGAGAGUUCGACUCAUAAUUUGAACUGCCUGCUCAAAAUAAGGACUAAAGAACAAGAGGAAUAGUCACCAGUCAAUGCAAAGGAAAAAGGGUCAGGAGAUUUUUAAUAAUACGGAAGGAUCGAAGAAUAAAACCGAAAAACCAAUGUAAUGACUCACCUACUUGCUGUUUCUCCUGACAACAUGACGCAAUCGGUCCCGUCGAAGACAGCAUUGGCAACAUCGGAACAUUCAGCACGAGUAGGGCGAGGAUUGCAAAGCAUGCUUUCGAGCAUCUGGGUAGCUGUAACGACAGGUUUGCCGGCAAGAUUAGACUUGCGAAUCAUGUAUUUCUGUGCCAAAAAGACCUAUUUAACGCCAGAGAGAAAAACGAAACGGCAGAAUAUUAGUUUUAGCGAAAAAAUAAAGAAAAAUCAAUUUAUGUUGGUUUCUCUUCUCUUACUUUGGCCGGCGCGAUAUCCAUUCCAAGCUUCGGAUCAAAAUUACAUGUCAAACGUUAAAAGCAAAUGGGUGAAUAAGUGAGGUUUUGAAUC